CUGUAACGGAAAUUGCUAAUUAUUGUUGCUUAAAAACCAAACCGAACCAAUGACAACGGAAAUUGGGAAAAUUGAACACUGAAAAGUUCGGUUGGUGUCUUAGGUCAGUGGAUCCUUUUUGGUGUGCUAGAGCAGUGAAGAUGAAUCCGGAUAUAAUAAAUUGCUUCAUGUUUUAAAAUAAUCGAGGAUUACAGCAUAUUUAUUAAACUAUAUAAUAAAAGUUGUGAAUCAUGCUGCCGUCAACACAGCGUAUAAGUGAUGAUUUCGUUGAAUGUUUUUUCUUUCCGCGUUUUUGUUAUCAAUCAAAAGAAGACGUGUCCGAGGAACUAUUAACCUCUGAAGUUGUGAGAUUUAACAAUGUCAUUGAAGAAUAUACAAAACACUACAUGUGGCACAGAGAUUCUCUCGUUUUUUACCCUAGAACGAAACAUAUCAUGUUUCUGCAAAAACAACUCGAAAGUUCAAUCGAAUUGGAAGGUCAAGAUUUACCACCACAUAUCUAUGUGGGUCUCCGCUAUGAUGAAGAUGUCGGGGAUGAGUGGUUUCUGGUUUUUCUGGUCAUGGAGUUGACAAAAGCUUUCAAAGGAUUGAUCGUCAAAUUGGUAGAUUCUGAUGGGGAGUUUUUGCUGAUCGAAGCUGCUGAUGUUUUGCCAAAUUGGGCCAGUCCUCAGACCUGUCAGGAUCGUGUGUUCAUAUUCAAUGGAGAAGUACACGUUGUUCAAGGGAAGGACAAAACUUAUUUACAGAUGCUGCAGCAGAUUCAAGACAAGCCAGAAAUUUCUAGGAUGGACGAUCCGGUACAGGCUGCUAUUUCCAAAAAAAUUUCAAUUUACCCAGAUGAAAUAAGUAAGAAAAUGCACAAGGCCAGGGUCUUCUUACCAGAAAGGGCUAUUGCUAUAUUAAAUCAAGAGCCGGGGUUGAUUGCGGCUGCGGUGAGGUCUGUCUGUCAUUCGGAUCCCCUUGAGAGAAAGGUUUGUCAAGCCAUGCGAUACUUUCCUCCCGAACAAAGGGCCAUGGUUAAUAUCAAAAUGACGAAAUGCUUGUACGCUAUGGCGUGUCAUUGUCGAUAUGCUGGUGAUCCAAGAACUGGUUGGAAUUUGCCAUUGCCUGACGAUCCUCGGCAUGGCCCCCAUUUAUUAGGGAUAAAGAUAUCCUGUGGUUUAGAAAUGCUCAUAGCCCGAUCCAAUCGUAAACAUAAGGAGGCCAAAGGAGCUGACACUGCAACUUUAAGCGACAAUGAAUUUGGAAAUGGUUGGGCUGCAUAUUUAAAACGAUUGAAUUCGCAUGGAUACUUCAGGAAUCUUUUGUCUGGAAGCCAGGAAUAUAACCAAUUACUCCAAACAGCCAAGGAGUAUUUCCACGCUAAUUCGAUAGGGUCCUCUCUGGUAGAUGAUCAGCAUGAGAUUCAUCGAGUACAAUCAGCAUGGCGUAACGCACAACAUUGUGACAUCGAAUCAUUGAACAGCGGACGAUUGAGCCCUGCAGAUGGCGACGACUGGCUCAACAUAGAUCCAGAGCAGUUGCAGUCAAUGCUGAACCAACAAUGGCCACUAAACGAUCAAGUACACAAACAACACCAGCCAACACUUGAAGAAAAAGUAAAAGAGUUUCUUUCAAAGUCUAGCGACGUGGAUGGGGUCCAGUUUCUGGGGCACCAGUCAAAGUCGCAUGGAGAUAAUAAUGAAUCCAAGAUGAAUACAGACGUUGAUGAUUCUAGGAUUGACUUCAGUGCGGAUGCGUUUGACUCUGCUCUACGUGGAAUUUUGGAUCUAGUUGUUCCAGAUGAAAAUGACUUCGAUAGCAGCUCAGAAGGUUCCUUGGGUGGCAGCGAGGAAGACAAAGGCGGUGAGCUUGACAAGUAUAUGCGGAUACUUGAUUCUCAAUUGGAAUUGGAUUUGCAUCUCAACAGUUUGAGAUGCAAUGUGAAUGGAGACUCUGGUGCCGUGGGCUCUGAGAUAGAGGCAAACUUACGAGAAAGUGCUGAAGGAGAAUCAGGCGGGGCAGGCCCUGUUGGAAAUAUUCUUGGCGGACCAGUCCGCCGGCUCAUGCAUUUACAACUGCAAUCACCUUCAACUGUUCCACCUGACUUACAAAGUUAAUUAACCAUUCUUAUUAUUUUUAUUUAUUAUUUGACAUAAACCAUGGUAAAAGUCAAAUUUUUCAUACGACAUCCAUUGUCAGCACAAGCUGGCACAACAUACUUAGUAUAUUAACCGUCAUUUUUUUUUUGUACACUGUUUACAAUGAAAACACUUACAUACAAGUGAACUUUUUCUAUAAUUUCGUGAGCAUAUUUUAUCCAAUUGCCCAUUUUACUGAUAUCCAAUGAUAUGAAAUACAGUAGAGCUUAUCAAGCUA